AACUUUAUAAUUGUCGAUUAAUACGAUUCGGGCCGCAGCCACGUUCCCCUCCGACAAAGAAACAGGGCCGACGCUUUCCGUAGUGUGGAUGCAAAAUGUCCAUUUAUGCAAUGGACGCCGUAUGCGUGAACAGCGGUUUAGCCAUCGAAGAUGGAUGGAGACGGUGCCACGACCGAUGCCUCUCAGCUGGGCAUGGCUGGGGAGUACAUCCCAUCCGCUCACUAUGUGCUGCAGCAAGAUGAGGACCCAGAUGAAAAUAUGAACGACCACGACGACGGUGGCGUGAAGGAGAAUUACAGGGAGCAGGACAUUUAUCUUCCCAUCGCCAACGUGGCUCGAAUAAUGAAGAACGCCGUCCCGCAAACUGGAAAGAUUGCGAAGGACGCCAAGGAGUGCGUGCAGGAAUGCGUGAGCGAGUUCAUCAGCUUCAUCACGAGCGAGGCGAGCGAGCGCUGCCACCAGGAGAAGCGCAAGACCAUUAACGGCGAGGACAUCCUGUUCGCCAUGUCCACGCUGGGCUUCGACAUGUACGUGGAGCCACUCAAGCUCUACUUGCAGAAGUUCCGAGAGGCAAUGAAAGGGGAGAAAGGCAUGCCUGGUGUGUCUGUGGGCGAAAGCCUUGGGGAGGAGCUCACGGACGAGACCUUCACAAACCCUCUCCCAGCAGGAAUUAUAACAGCGGAUGGUCAGCAGCAGAACGUCAUGGUGUACACCACCUCGUAUCAACAGAUUCCCACCGUACAGCAGAUACAGUUUUCAUGACAAGGCCUCACCUUCAGCGUGAAGACCCGAGCUGCGCUCGCUGGAUGAACGUCCGAACUUGGCGCGGAUGGAAAAGAGGCCAUCAAGGAGAAGGACCGGGUGCUUGCGUCCGCUGGGCACCCUCCAUGUACAGACCAAAUCACCUGUUGAGUAGAAAGUACCAUCUUUAUCUGAAUAAAAGUCGCUCCAAAGUAUAGGUCGCAUUAGCCAUAAAAUGCACAAUGUGAAAAAAACCCAAAUACAAGUCGCAUUUUGGGGGAAAUUUAUUCGACAAAAUCCAACACCAAGAACAGACAUGAACGAGCAACAACAGGCUAAACGAUAGGUAUGCUAACGUGACAAACACAAACGAAGAGCUGAGAACGGGCCUGACGUGACACACAGAGUUAUUCAAACAACUAUUACAUACCACGUUUAUAAAACCAUCUGACGUCACUUGAAAUUCAAAUUACAGUAAUCCCUUGCGACAUGGCGGUUUCACUUUCUUUUUUAAAUUUUUGAAAAAAUUCACAUAAAAGUUGCUCCUCAGUAUAAAUUACCCCCCCCCCCCCCCCCCAAACCAUGAAAAAAAAAAAAACUCGUCUUAUAGUCCGGAAAUUACGGUAGUUUCUAGUCCCGCUUAAUUUGCGUCACAUGAACAAAGGUCCAGCUGUGUAGUUGUGUGGUACCAAAUGUGUAGGAUUUUUAACCAAACUUUCUGGACAAGUUGUUUUUCAUUUGAAAGGUUUAUCUUGAUGUGAUGUAAUUAAUGAUCAAUAGUGUGUCUGCUUUUGUUUUUUUUUUUCAUUGGAAUACGAUCAGUUGUGAUGUGUGUAAAGUUAACAGUAUUUUUUAUUUAUAGAACAACCCUGCCCAAUGAAAUGGAACCUGUA